AUGCCACCUCAAAUUUUAUCCGAAUUUUUCAUUGCUAUUGCUAUUUCGGGAUUCAUCGCCGAGGCGGUCCUGCAACGGUUAGAGUCACUGGUCUUCCAACACCACAGACGGAAAUUCUGGGCCCGGUAUGUGGAUGAUACCUUCGUCGUCAUCGAACGGGAUCAGGUUUUGACAUUCCAAGAACAUCUCAACGCCGUCUUCCCGGACAUUCAAUUUACGAUGGAGGAGGAAGAGAACAACCAGUUGGCCUUCCUGGAUGUCCUCGUAUGCCGCAAGGAUUGUGGUGGACUAAAGACCAAAGCGUUCAGGAAAGCGACAAAUACGAUUCAAGUACUGAACUUCAACAGUAACCACCCAAUCAGCCACAAACGCAGUUGUGUAAGGACGCUCUAUCGGCGUGUCGAAACGCACUGCAGUGAGCCGGAAGACAAAAUUGCUGAACUACAAUACCUCCGACGGGUCUUCAAAGCCAAUGGCUACCCGCGCAAUUUCGUCGACCGGUGCAUACGCAAAAGGGACGAAAGGCCUAACCACACGGACACCAAGUCUUGGCGGGCACUUCCGUAUGUCAAGAACGUUUCGGAAGCUGUCGGCCGCCUUCUCGCACCACUUGGGGUUGGAGUGGCACACAGACCGGAGGCAACCAUCAGGCGUCUGAUCAUGAAACCGAAAGACCCACUGCCACGGCUAGAAACGUCUGGAGUCGUUUAUCGGAUCUGGUGCAGUUGCGGACAAAGCAACUACGUCGGAGAAACCGGAAGACAGCUCCGAACGAGAAUGGCCGAACACGCGGCAGCGGUGCGCAGAAAUGACGCCAGCUCUCAAGUUGCGGCUCAUUCGACGAGAUCCGGCCACACAUUUAAAUUCGAUGAGGCCGAAAUUCUCGCAAGAGGUGACAACCGAGUGAGCCGAGAGCUAAUGGAAUCAUGGUUUACUGGCCCCCAGUCCAUCAACAAGUGCAACGAUCUUCCCAUUCAAUACAGCGUGCUGAGACUUCGUCUAGGCGGAGUAAUUGGCCACGCGGGGAGCGCACUGGUGAACACUCCUCCCAACACCCGGGUCAACGCAUCAGAUGGUCGAGCAAUCAUCACGCCAACAUCCAACGCACGUGAUGAAAUUGCGGCAAUUAUCGACUCGAAUGUCGGCCAUCAAGCAAUGAUCACCCCAAGUGUGACAAUCCCGAAUGAAGGGGGAAGCCGUGAACGUUCAUAG